AUGACGAUGAGCGCUCUAGUGCCUGAGGCGCCCUUAUCUCCUAAGAGCCUCCCGAAUCGCCUCGCUGUCGUGACCCUUGCGGCUAUCGUCCUUAUUGCGUCGCUGUACGUCUUCCGUCGAGAACAGCCGUCUUGUAUGUGCGAUGAUGACGUCAGCACAGCCUCCAAUCCAAUCACCGGUGGUGGAGCUCCCAACGGCGUUUUCCCCGUUAGAGAGCUCCCCGUUGCUGAAGUUAAGCGUCCGUCGGCCGGUGGCGCGGCUACUCCGAUUCGACCUAUAGAGAACGGGGCGAACGCUUAUAACGUGUACGCGCGGUUACCGAGUAGUCCCGCGGACACUUCUAAUCCGAUUCUCGCGGCGGCUGCUGCGGAAGAGAAGAAGCCGUUUGUAUACGUGUACGAUUUCGGACCCAACUGUACGGAUAAAACCUCCGAGCUGGACGUUCCGCCGUACGCGUUACAUUUCGACCUCGAACGGAAAUUGACGGAGCAGAUUCUAUCCGACGCUGGUGGGGUUCGAACCCGCGACCCGAAAAAGGCUAGUUUGUUCUUCGUGCCCUUUUACUCUGCCCGGCUUCUACAGUAUUUCCUAAGCGUAUCGAAAGGAGGUUCGGAUAUGCGCGACGCGGUGGAAAAGACGUCGCAGAUUUGGAGGGCAAUGCUUACCAAGGUGCGGGCCGAGCCGCACUUUUAUAGAUCCAACGGCCGAGAUCAUUUCUCUAUUCUGUCAACGCGGAACGGGAGAUGCGACGCGCUGACGUACAUAAACCCUAAGUUGCUCGGCGAGAUGUUCUUCGUGACUUAUAACGGGGAUACCCUGGUGCGGAGCGUGCACACGGGAUGGACACCAGACAUGCGGGUGCUGUCGUAUAACUACGGAGCGCCUAUUAACGUCGCUAUUCCAGACAUCGCCUGCUAUUCGCCCGGGCGGGAUGUGGUGGUCCCGCCCCUGCUGACUCAGACACACGUCAUCCCCCCCUCACGUGGGCCCACUGCUGCUGCUGGUGCCGCCGCUGAGUCAGGUGUUUUUUCAGGCGAUUCUGCUGCUGCUGCUGCCGCCCCACCUGCGUAUGGAGGUCGCACUAUCCGUGUGCUGAUGGUGACGUCAGCAGCCAACGUGGCUGACAUCAGCAACUCUAGGAUCAACGAAGGCUUGCACCACAACUAUCCGGUGGAGAAGUGGUUGAUAGAGAUCUAUGCAUCUAACGCAGCAGCCAUCGAAGGGUGGAAGGUGGUGUUCCGGAACGACAACGAGGAGGCUCUAGGGGUUCGGGGGGAUGCCCCUGAGAUUCCCCGUGCUACUGCUACUGCUGCUGAUGGUGCUGCUGGUGAUGCUGGUGCUGCUAAUGGUGCUGCUGAUGGUGGUAGUGAUGGUGCUGCUGCUGGUGACAACAGCGAGUGGGGCAACAGUGUCUUCUGUCUGAUCUUGCCUGGUCGCGCCCAGUGGUCCUUCCAGCUCGCCAAGGCAAUCCUCUCAGGCUGCAUCCCAGUGACGUUCCUCCGAGCCAACGACAACCCCUGGGCUGCAUCCCUCUACCACCAUUCUGCCACCGCCUCCUCACCCUCGGCCCUCAACUACCCGGUCUUCUCUCUCAACAUCGACCCGGCAGCUGUCGACUCGCUGCCCCGCCGCCUGCAGGAGGCGUUUGAUCAACCAGGGCUGGUGGCCAGGCUGCAGCACAACCUGGGGCUCGUGCAGGACAUGUUUAAAUGGCAUGAUUCCCUGGACCAGGGGGCAGGGGCUGUGCUGAUGAGCAGGCUGAGGAGGAUUGGAGCAGCAGCGGCGGCGCAAUCACAGCAGCUGGAAGAGCCGAUCUUGCUGCCUUUGGAGCCCAGCAAAAAGAAAGGAUCCAAAGAACGUAUAUGA